GGGCUAUUCUAUCGACUCGGCACUACGCCAGGACGUCGUGAGCUGCGCGAGGCAAGUCAAAAAACGAAGCUUUGGAGGAGAAAACAUAAGAUAAUCAAUGGAUUGCGACAUUUACGAAAGUAGUUGGAAAUUCCCUUUUAGGUCUUGAUAGACAGCGGGGGAGCUUUCUAUUGAGCUGAGUGUAGUGAUUAUAUAGCUGACGUCGUACGCUAGGCCGACGUCAAAUCGGCCUUCCCCUCUUCUAAUAACCAUCUCCUCUUCUUUCUUUUUACUUCCUGACUCGUGAUCUCAGUCACUGAAUAAUCUAAUCGUGUUUUCCCCCCAACAUCUUAUACGUAGGUACACAUACUCUAAUCACAAUGGCUGACACCCGAGCUGCACCUCUCCGCCUGGGCUCUAUUGCCCCCAACUUCCAGGCCGAAACCACUAAAGGCAAUAUCGACUUCCACGAAUUUGUUGGCGACAACUGGGUUGUUUUCUUCUCUCACCCGGAAGAUUUCACACCCGUCUGCACUACCGAGCUCGGCGCUUUUGCCAAACUUGAGCCCGAGUUCACCAAGCGAGGCGUUAAGCUGAUCGGUCUGUCUGCCAACACUCGUGGCAGCCACGAAAGCUGGAUCAAGGAUAUUGACGAGGUUACGGGUGGCCAUGUCGCGUUCCCCAUCAUUGCCGACAAGGAACGUAAAGUUGCUUACCUCUACGAUAUGCUUGACUACCAAGACACCACCAACGUCGACGAGAAGGGCAUUGCCUUCACUAUCCGCUCCGUCUUCAUCAUCGACCCCAAGAAGACCAUCCGAACAAUCCUCUCCUACCCCGCUUCGACCGGCCGCAACUCUGCCGAGGUUCUGCGAAUCGUCGACUCUCUCCAGACCGGAGACAAGCACAAGGUCACCACUCCCAUUAACUGGGUCCCUGGUGACGACGUCAUCGUCCACCCUAGCAUAAAGAAUGAGCAGGCUAAGGAGCUGUUCCCCGAAUUCCGCAUCGUCAAGCCAUACUUGAGAUUCACCCCCCUCCCCAAGGAGAAGGCUACCGUCGCGUAGACGGGCAUAAUUAAAUAAUGGACACGAUAUACUCAGACAGAGUCGACCUAUGCUUUGUUACUGAAAUAUCGUAUUGGAGGAAAGCGUGUCUUACUUACCCCAUGACUUUCACACCAGACUUAAUGAAAAAAAAAAAUAAUCAAAAGAGUUAUUCCCCAAGUUUUACUGGAGUGUCACCUUGACUAGCGUUAGCUAGUGAAUAUAAUCGUUCCACGUUCUUGAGCAAAACCUAAGUCCGCCUGAAACUAACCAGUUAGUUUACCACCUUGGUUCUAUUAGAACGAUGCUGCUAGGAUGACGGUGUGAGGUAGAUCUUAGGUAAGUAGUCGGAAUUUGUAGCAUUGAUAAAUUGUAGCUUAUUUAUACCUGCUUAUUGUGGAUUAUAUAUGACAAGAGUCUUGUAUCUUCUUGGUUCCAAGAAGAUAUAGGUAUAGGAUCU